CAUUUGUUAAUAAUAAUAGUAAUAAUAAGGUCCGGACCGGAGACUUCCGUCUCGUGCACGAUCGGACUUUGAUAGAUCAUACAUCAUAGCGUCAAACCCGUUCCAAUUCUAUUCUCUCAAGCAUCAAAAUCCAAAACCCUAUUCAUUUUCUUGUUCGAUAUUAUCUCCCACCGAAACAAAACCCUAGAACCCGGAUUCCCUUUGGCCCUUUGGGCUUAUAUUUUCUCUGUACGAAAAUUUCCCCUUCCGCUGCGUGUUCUCUUUUAGCUUUUAGAUACCUAUCUUUAUCUUGUUUUCGAAAAAAAUUAUCGGAAAAAUUCAUUUCCUUUCUGUGAUUAAUUUUGGAUUUAAUUCUUGGGAGUUGGGGGCUUUGCCCGAGCCGAAGUGUUUUUCCUGAUCCGGAAAAGCCGGUCGAAAUUGUGUUGUAGAUGGGCAAAAAUGCGUUUCUGGCGGUUUUUUUCUUGUUUAUGAUUGUUCCCGAUGUUUGCGAUGCAUCCUUACUCUUGAAGUUCAGAAAGCUGGUCGGUGCGGCGCCUAAGGAUCCUAGCAUCCCAAGUUCCCCGUCGCCGAGCCCAGUUCCUUCUAACAAGAAACCGAGUACUAAGCCAGACAAUGGGUCAACGAACAACGAACCGGAGCCUCCGGUACCAAAGAAGUCAACCCCGGCGGAGUCCAAGGGUCCUCUAAAAGAUUCGAGUAAUAAGACUAAUACUACUAGUAGUAGUAAUAAUAAUAAUGGGAAGAACGGUGGAACAACACAAAAGAAGAAGGAUAAGCAGGAUGAUUCGCAAGUGCCGAGCACUGACAAGUGUAAAGCGCCCGGGGAUGUGAUAUGCAACGACCAUGGGAGCAUGACUGCCUGCAUAAAAAACUAUCAACGCGGGUCCAAAGAAUUGCUUGUUCUAGUCUACAAUGGAGGGGAGAGCGACUUGAAAGUGAAGUUUACAGUGGAAAGCAAGAGUAAGAUGCUGGAAAUACGCAAACACCAUACUGAAGGGACCAAUAUUUCGUUAACUGAUGACAAAAGCUCCAAACUCAUAUUAAAUGCUGGAAAUGGUGUUUGUGAGCUUCCUGUGGGCCCUCCUGUAGGAGCAAACUUUUAUGUGCGUCUCCCUUCUUUUCACAAGCUGGUGACACCAGUCAAUGGUGCAUACUUCUUGAUCCUCACAGUGCUAGUCUUUGGAGGGACAUGGGCUUGCUGCAAGCUUAGGAAGAGGAGGCAUCCCGGUGGAGUCCCAUAUCAAGAGCUUGAAAUGGGUCUGCCGGAAUCUGUUUCAGCUACAAAUGUGGAAACAGCAGAAGGUUGGGAUCAGGGUUGGGAUGAUGACUGGGAUGAAAAUAAUGCAGUGAAGCCCCAAGGACUUGUAGGAAGCAUUUCUGCAAAUGGCCUUACUUCUAGAUCUUCAAACAGAGAUGGAUGGGAAAAUGACUGGAAUGACUAGUUAUUUGACAGACAAUUGUGGCGGCGGAAAGAGAAAUUUUUGCUAAAAGGUAGCAGAAGUAGCAGAGGAUGUACGAGAAAUUAAAAAUAAAAAAAAUAAAAAAUCAAUGUAGAACAAAUAGGUUUAUGAAAAAACGAAUACAAAACUUUCCCACGCUUGUGUUAUUUUUUAAUCAAAAGUAGGGCUUUCUUGAUCCUUUCAUGUUAUAGUUGGAGCCCAAAAUGAGGUCUGUAAAAGUCUUGUUUUGUUCUAGGAUUUUGAAGUACGGGAGAUUAAAGUAUAUACCUUCUUUCUGUACCUUUAUCUGUACUCAUCUUUAAUUAUAUUUUGUG